AUGGCAGCUGCUUUACGUACCAGUGAGCUGGAUGAAUUAUUGACCUGCUCAGCAAUAAUCCGAGGGGACGUUAAAGGACUCAAUAAGGAGAACCUCAGCAGACUUCGCAAGAAGAGAAAACGUGAAGGUUUGCCAGAGUCUUUUGAUCUGAAUUCAACAAAGAAUUGCAGUGCUUACAUCAGAGACAGGGGAUUUCUAACUGUAGCUCUCAGUGAAGAAGAGAAGGACUUUCCUAUUGCCUAUUCCAUGGUGAUCCAUAAGAAGAUCGAGAUGUUUGAGAGGCUCCUCAGAGCUGUGUACACACCACAGAAUGUGUACUGUGUGCAUGUGGACAAGAAGUCUCCAGAAAACUUCAUGAAGGCUGUGGAAGCCAUUGUUUCUUGUUUUCCAAAUGUGUUUGUGGCAAGCAAACUGGAGAGGGUUGUUUAUGCCUCUUGGUCUCGAGUCCAAGCUGACCUGAACUGCAUGAUUGAUCUGCUGGACUUGACUGUUGAGUGGAAGUACCUUAUCAAUACCUGUGGAACUGACUUCCCCAUCAAAACCAACGCAGAGAUGGUGCGAGCACUAAAAGUGCUAAAUGGACAGAACAGCUUAGAGUCUGAGGCAACUCCUGAGCACAAGAAAGCUCGCUGGGAAUACCACCAUAAUGUCACUGAGUCUGGUGCCAUUCGGACUGGCAUUAAGAAGAGCCCCCCUCCCAUCAGUACCCCAAUGUUCUCUGGAAAUGUUUACUUUGUGCUGUCGAGAGAGUUUGUGGAGCACUUGUUUAAAAACCCAGAGGCUAAAGCUUUGAUUGAGUGGGAGAAGGACACAUACAGUCCAGAUGAGCACCUUUGGGCAACUCUUCAGCGCAUGCCAGGUAUGCCAGGGUCCAGCCCUCCCAACAACAAAUACGACAUGACAGACAUGAACUCAAUAGCCCGUCUGGUGAAGUGGAUUUAUCAUGAAGGAGAUGUAAGGGAGGGGGCAUCUUAUCCCCCAUGCAAUGGAGGAUACAUAAGAGGAGUGUGUGUGUAUGGUGCCGGUGAUCUCAACUGGAUUGUCAGGCAUCAGCAUCUUUUUGCCAACAAAUUUGACCCAGAAGUCGAUGAAAUUGCACUUAAGUGCCUGGAACAUUACUUGCGCUAUAAAAUUUUAACUGGUCAAUCACUUCUGUUUGCUGAAAAAUCUCACAUAAUGAAAAGGUACCUACCUUAAAGUUCUACCAGAAUCAUUUAUGUUCAUUUAUUAGGGCUGCAUGAUGUGGUGAAAAAGUCAUAUUGCGAUUAUUUUGGACAAUAUUGUGAUUCCGAUAUAGACUAAUAAACAAAUGGUAUUGUAAUCUUGUAUUUUAUGGCUUUGUGUUAAUGAAGACAAACUAAUCAAUGUAGAACUUCUUGUUUAUUUCACAUUGUUUUCCUGCACCGAUACCAGUUAACUAGUUUGCUGGGUCAUGAGAGAUUUGUUCCAGGGGGGGUGUACCCAGUGGGAAGGUACAUUUGGGCGCUU